CUAUGGCGACGGUUUGUACAAUUCAGUAAUGAGGAAAUAUAUUUAUUUGCAUAUACUCCUCUAAAAAUGGAAGCAGUGACAUGUUUUCAUAUCUCUGUUACUGGACAAAUUGAAUUCGCAUCAUUCCCACUGGGUCCUGAUGGUUCUCAGCUGUUCGUUCGAUACGAAGUGAUAGCGGGACCUGAUUGGGAGCUCGUUGCAGGACUUUCGGCUGGCAUUACACAAUGUUCCACUUCGCGACCACAAGACGAGAAAAUCGUUUUCAAUAUGCCACUAGAAUUUUCCUAUAAAGCAACUAAUCCGUUUGGAUGGCCCCAGAUUGUGUUCUGUAUUUACGGUAAGAAUAUUUGGGGAGUGGAAACCUCUCUAGGAUAUGCAAGGAUCCAUGCUCCGGUUUUCGGUAUGGAAAGGAGAAGGAUUGUUGCACCGAUUUUAAUCCCAAGAUGUGCUAAUACUGUGGCGGAGAUAAUGAGUUGGAUUACAGGAAAGAAUGCGGAGUUGAGGAACCCGAAAAUAUUGACGGAGGGUGCUAAAAAUAAAGGACUUCAGACCGAUUCGUAUGGUGAGUUAACCGUGAGUUUACAAACAAUAUCACGCGGUGCAAAUAGGAUGGGUUAUGACUGGGGCCGACAGCAAAGUGCAGAACAAAAUUAUUAAUAAAUAAACAUAUUCUUACUCGGAAAUGCUAUUUUUUUAAUCACAUAUUACGUUUUUACAUUACAUACAUAUACAUAUAUUUUUUUCUUUAAUAUUUCAUUUAGUUGCAGUAGAUAUAAUUUAGGAGUAUUUAGGACUUGAAGACAACAGCCUAGAAAUUUCACAAUUAUUUUCAGGUCUUAUUAAGUUUAUUAGUCAC